AAUAUCGAGCGUGUUUUUAAUAGCAUAGCUUUGUCGGUGUACGACAAUAGUUUUUUUUUUGGCAUCGGAAAAUUGACGCGGAGUGGUUGUGUUUACGUCAUAUACUUGCCCACGCAUCGUAAGUGUGUACAUGGACAAAAUUCAAUUGUGUUUUUCGCGGUCUCCGCUCCGCCAGCCAUCUUUAAGCUACAGCGUCGGCCAGUUAGUAGCUUGUUUACUUCCCUCUUUGCGGAAGUUGAAACACAAGCUGGAGUAAUAUGGAUGCAGACGGUUUGGAAAACCUCACUCGAAGCCACUGCACUAGACUGUAAUGGCAGUUUUUCUUGUUGGCUGUUUUAGUUUUCGACUUACAGGCAUGCGUUUUUAAAAAAGGAUUCGUAAAAUUUUGUAUAAGGUCAUGAGAUGUCGUGGAGACAGCGAGACUGGUAUCGCCAGGUAUGCAAACAUAAACCUCGCGUGAGAGACCGUUGCAGUAAGCUCUAAACUUCGUUCGUGGUUUGGGCUAAGUUUAUCUACCAGCAGAGAUAUAGCGUGCAAGGCCUAAGGUGUUACUCGUUCAAAACCCGAUUCACGAAAACGAGAAGUUUUUUUACCAAAGUUUUUGUUAUUUUCGGGAAAAAAUCUCUCGCCUUCGCGUAUAUAAACGUCAAGGUCGGCGCUACUAUGUCAGUCUGGCGUUCUUGCCGGGAGCGGUCGUAGACAACUGUAUGCUAAAUAAUAUUUUCAUUCGAAUUGCAGGCAAUUUUUCAGUAUUGUGUUAAUUAUCUGGAUUUUAAAAUCACAGCGGACGCACAAGUCCCUUCGAGCAAAGAAAUAGAAGAGCCAAUUUUGCUUACUCAGACCGAGUACAGAAAAGAGAAUCGACGGAGAAAGAACGGCGCUAAACCCCGCAAGAUAGUUCACACCGAGUCGAGCUCAGGCGAGUCGAAAAAUAAGAAUCUCGACUUAGUCCUUCAGCGAGUUUUUAAGAACGCUGAUUCUGAACAUUCAAAGAUGAUCGACAUUCAUGAAACACUGGCGAUCUCGCAUCACCAGAGUCCGAAAACGUUGGGAGCAUCAUCCACCUCUCCGGGAUCAGUCGGAUCCCCCAGCAGUAUAUACAGUAGUGAGCGACCUGAAGAAACAUGCCAGGUGACCAGGAGCCCUGAACCUUUUGUCAGAGUCCGACCACGGAGCAACGGAUCGGAAACAGGACCUCCCCUCUAUGAAGCAACAGUUCAACACGGUCGUUCCUCCUCCAGUGAAGGCCUCAUUUCCAGAGAGCAGACAGCCAGCUCUCCUGGCAAAGAAACAACAAAAGCGGAAAUAUCUGGGACAAAUUACAACCACGGAAACAUGGAUUCGGCGGUUCAUGGCACUCCAUCAAGCUAUUCAAGCCCCACUGAGGAAAUGAACGGAGUAAACAAUCCCCUCAUGCUACCGACGAUGGUGCCAUCCACCAAUUCAAUCAUGUCUUCGUCCAUGUUACCCAUCAUGGCGGUUCCCGAACAAAACAGUCGUUUCGCCGAAAAACAGCCGAAACAGCCGGUUAUUAGGCACGAGCGUUUCAACGGUCGCGGUAUUAUCGGUACCAGUGGUUCCGCAGCUCGUUUAACCAGUACCCCUCCGCCAGAAGAGAGGUCCCAAUACAAAAGGCCCCCACACACAUACCCCGCAUUAAUUGCAUCAGCUAUUUUGGACAGUCCCGGGCAUCUAAUUACCCUACGCGGUAUCUACGACUACAUCAUGAACCACUUUCCCUACUACAAGUACUGCCACGAUAAGUCGGCAUGGCAGAACUCAAUCCGUCACAAUCUCAGUCUCAACCAGUGCUUUGUAAAAGUUCCGAGGUACGAGAACGCGGCCAAGUCAAAUUAUUGGACCAUGACGAGAGAGGGCUUCGAGGAGUUCGGCAACGAGAACAGUUUCAAAAGGAGACGAAGACGAGGAGCAGCACUUGCGCCCAUUUCCGCAUACAAAGCUAAAAAAUACCAAAACGAAGGCAAGAACGGCGGGAAAACAAAACAGGCCCACAACGAAUCGAACAAGCACGCUACGCCAGCACCGUCAGAGGCCACCACAGUGGCACAACAAGAAGGGGUGUACACGCUACCCUUCCCACCCCAGCUUAUGGCGCUGAACCCUGGGGCUUGGGGCACACCUGAUAACAAUACGGGGUACCACCCUACUGAAGACGGCAAGGGCCGAAAACGAGCAGGAAGCCCUGGAGAUAAAGAUGGUUUAAAACACCCUAGGAUGAUGGUGCUUAAACAGGGUGAUGGUCCAAGCUUAGGCGGCAUUAAAAGCGACGAGCCCAAGCGGCCAAACUCGUUAUCCUCCGUCGAAGACAUGCAGGGUACGCUGAAUAAUUUUAGCAAAUCGCUCCUAGAUUCGUCCAUGAUCAACAAAGCUGCAUGGAAGCGAGAAGGAGCUAUCCCUGGUUUGCUACCAACCACCUCUCAGCAAUGGAUAAACGCUGCACAAAGGAGCUUAAUGGCAUCCACCGGUAUGAUGAUGCCUUCACUUCAGCCCAGUGUCUCUGGUGAGAACGGUUACUCUAAAGCCUCCGGGUUCGAGGACGCGUAUAACGAAGCGCCCAUCCUACUCGAUAAUAUUGAGAUUGGCAGCGAAGUGACGAUCAGGUACGAUACCAGCGAAAUUCCGAUCCACCAUUUCAGAUGUCGUUUCUGUCCAUACACUUACGUCAGCAACGGUUCGCUUCUAUUGGAGCAACACGCGAGGCUCAUCCAUCAGGUGGAGCUUACCAACGCAAAGGCAAAGGCUGUGGCGGCAGCGGCGCUCGCAAAAUCUCAAGAAGACCGAAUGGCUGCCGUUACUGCAUCAAAGCCUAAAGAUACGGCCGACAGGAUGAUGACCCUACAGAACAUGGUAUCUGGCAUGUCGCCGAGAUCAGUGAUGGCCGCCGCCCAGUCAGGCGCUCAAAGUAUUUUGGCGGCUGCUCAGGCUUCAGGCAACUCCGCUGCUCAGUUUCCAUACUCCGGUCGAUUCGCCAGCGGGCUCUUGGACGAGUCUAUGAUCCGAUCAUUGGCCGAGCAAGUAAACAACCAACAGCAACAUGCCGAUGCGACCGCAGAACACCAGAAUGGAAUGGACGCUUAUGCUUAUCAGCGACAACAAGCACUCAACACGAUCCAGCAAGCAGCUUCUGGUGCUUCGGCUGUUACACCGAGUCUGCCGCAAGAACAACUUCGACUUUUCUACCAACAACUAGCAAUGCAGAAUCCUUUCCUCGCCAACUCAGCAAAUUCAGCAUUUGCUGCUGCGGCUGCAAAUUUCCCCAGGCAGAUGCCUUCGCCUGAUAUGGAGCAAGCCUCCCAGCUUAAAAACCUUUGGCAGUAUCAGCAAAAAAUCCUCGAGCUUUCACAGAUGAAGUCUGGGCAAAGGGAAGGGUCGAAAUCGCCGGAAAAGCGACCAAGUUCACAGCCAGAAAAUAGAUCUCAGCCAAGCGCUACUUCACCGUGCAGAAGCCCAGCUUCAAAUCCGGAUGUCGACGCAGAGUCGAAAAAGAACAUUCACGCUUGGAAACAGUGCGGUCGUUGCGACUUUACGGCAAAAGGCGUUCACGGACUCGAUCUACACUACCGGAAGGCCCAUGCCUCCUCCGAGGCAGUGACGUCAUCGAGUGCGAGUUAUGGCUCUGACGUCAUGCCCUGUGGAAGAUCGGCUCCGAACUUGGAGUUAUCAACUACCUCGAGCUCAGCUACCGAAAAAGUAUCCCCGAAUAGUUAUGAAAUGAGCUUCCGCGAUCAGCAAUGUGAUAGCCCGCUCACGUCAUCAGCCUACCCCACCCCGCCACUUUCCAAUUCCCCAUCAUACAUCAAGAAGAAUUUUACUCCGUUGGAUUUAAGCGGUGCCGAGAAAAACCUCGUCGACAAGAAUACAUCGUCCACUCAAACGUCACCCGCUGCCUCUGACGUCAAAUCACGCACGUGUCGUCAUUGUGACGUCAUAUUCGGUGAUGAGAUGAUGCAUGCCCUACACAUGAGCUGUCACGACAAGACAGAUCCAUUCAAGUGCACGAUUUGCAGCCAGAAAUGUCACGAAAAAUACUAUUUUAACGUCCACCUGCUACGAGGGCUCCACCAAACGAAUAACGGCGGGCAAAGCGAGUCGUCGCAAGAGGUCGCAACAGAGGUUGUGAACCGGGAAGUGACAGAGGGUGAUGCGCGACGCAGUCGUUCCAACAGCGCCUGCAGUGAUGCACGGUAAACUAAAAUUCAUCGUCGGCUUCACGUUUAACGUGCAGAGAACAAAAUAUUGUGGUGACACUGUAAUAUUCGCUCAAUGAUGUUCCAUGACAAUCACAAAGAAAACUUCAUAUCGAAACAGCAAAGCAUCUUUUUUUAAUUAAGCCGUUGAGUAGUGCAUGCUGUCUCACCGUGCUUUGCCGCUAUACCGCAAAAUCAGUUCCGCCAAAUUUUCCUAAUUUCUAUUUCUUUUGAUCGAAUUAUUUCGUCGCGAAAUUCGCCAAUUUAUUCGUUCCCGCAACCCUGCUCAUUAUUUAUUUUUGCAUUAUGUCACAUGACGUCGCUUUUUGUAUACCAUAUACGACACCUAUGGCUGCAUACCAAACAAAAUGCAAUUCAAUUUGUUGGUCGUUCCCUAUUUUUUUUGCUCUGUAAUUUGUUCCGCACGCGCCUCCUAUUAAUAAGUUUUGCCAUAUUUCGUUUCCUGUAAGCUUGCAUGACACAAUUGGCGUAGUGUAUAUAUACAUCGGGAAGAAUAAAUUGAACUGCGAGACUA